ACGGUUCCCCGUGGUCCUAAACGCUGCAAAAACCAUGAAAAUCCAAUGCAUUCUACAGUAAUUGAAACAUUUUAUUGCUCAACAGAAGUAAGAAGUUCUGGUUGCGCACCCUCCAAAUCUAAAGAUUCUCACCAACCAAAAGAGGUAAAGCAAGGAGACAUUUUCGAUCAUGGCACUGCUUCCUCAAUUCCCAGUACAAAGAGAAAGCCUUUAUACCACAACCACCUCUCUCCUUGGAAUGCGCACCCUCCUCACUCUCAGGCCACCACCACCGCCAGGCCCCUUCAGCCUCUAUCCUCAUCCUGCUUCUUAUAAUUCUUCCUCAUUCCUCUCCAGCUUCAGACCCGACAAGCGCUUUCACUUCCUCGCUCCGUGCUGUUCUUUGAAACAGACCAAGAAGCAGAGAAGUGGUCGUGCUCCCCGCACUGCCCCACAGAGCAUCAGGUGGCUCUUUAGCAAUCCAAAGAGCGAUGAGGAAGGCGGUGGCGGUGAUAAGCGAGGAAGAGAUGACGAGGAGGGUGGAUUGGAAUUGGAGGACGACACUGAGUUUAAGGGUACCCUUUUGGCUGGUGUAUUGCUGGUGGGAUUGGUUGGCGGGUUUGCCACUGCUGGUUAUGUCUAUAAGGACCAGAUCAAUGCGUUCUUGAGUCGGUUCUCUACUUUUAUUGACGGUUAUGGCCCAGCUGGAUAUGCUUUAUUUGUAGCAGCUUAUGCAGGAUUGGAAAUACUUGCGAUUCCAGCUAUUCCUUUGACCAUGUCCGCUGGUCUUCUUUUUGGCUCUCUUAUUGGCACUAUCCUUGUCUCUAUCAGUGGCACAGUGGCAGCAAGUGUAGCAUUUUUAAUUGCUAGAUAUUUUGCUCGUGACCGCAUUCUUAAACUUGUUGAAGGAAAUAAAAAGUUUCUAGCAAUUGACAAAGCAAUUGGGGAAAAUGGUUUCAGAGUCGUUACCCUCCUUCGUUUGAGCCCUUUACUUCCAUUUUCAUUGGGGAAUUAUUUAUAUGGAUUAACAUCUGUGAAGUUUGUACCAUAUGUGUUGGGAAGUUGGUUGGGGAUGCUUCCAGGAACAUGGGCUUAUGUGAGUGCUGGUGCACUUGGGCGAGCCAUUUUUCAAGAAGAAUCUGGUGUGAGUUUACCCGGAAGAAAUGGUCAGAUAUUAACCCUUGGGCUGGGACUAUUGGCCACAGCACUGGCUGCCGCUUAUGUGGCACGGCUUACCAAGGAUGCUGUGAAAGACAUAGAGUAGACUCAAAUAUUGCAAUUAGACAUUAACAACUUAAAUUGUAGUAAUCGAUGCAUCAUUCGUGUAAAUUGUAGUAGGUUAAUCAAAUCGAACUGAAACCUUCGAUUUUUUUGAGUGUAUCGUCUAUGAUAUGCUACAUAUAAUAAGCAAGUCUAAUAAUGCUUAUUAUGUUUCUCAUCCA